CAAAAAAGAAAUAAACACGUGUUAAGAUAAUGAUUGGUGGUGAUGAGAUAAUUAUCGGUGAAUGAUAUGAUGAUGGUGAUAGAGAAUCACCAUCUUUUGUUGCGAGUCUGGAAACCUAUUCGAUAUGGAAGACAAGGAAACCCUAAUUAAGCAUGUAGAACAAGACCCUGCUGAACCUGAACCUGAGGAUUACCGAGAAGAGUUCCAGUGCUGUGUUUGCCUGGAACUUCUUUACAAGCCAGUUGUAUUAGGAUGUGGCCACAUUUCGUGUUUCUGGUGCGUCUUCAAUUGCAUGAAUGCUUGUCAUGAAUCCAAUUGUCCAGUUUGUCGACACCCAUAUAAUCAUUUCCCUAGAAUCUGUAAUUUGCUGCACUUCAUACUCCAAAAGUUGUAUCCGAAAGCUUAUCAUACAAGGGAAAAGCAAGUGGGAGAAGAAGAGAAGAAAGCUGGCUACUUUUCACCUCAAGUUCAAAAUCCGCUAGCAGGACCAGAUCCUACUGAGUCAAACAUUCCCAGAAAUGUUGCACAUUCUCCCCCUUGUCCAGAGUCGAAGAACUCUAAAGGUUGUUCUUCUGGGGCUUCACUUGUAAAUUCACCAGAAGUGUUAGACCAUGAAGCUAAUAUUGCAAGCUUUCCAACUUCUUCAAAGAAUGUUAAACCAACUGAAAAUGCAGCAGUCCAAGAGCAUUGUUUGUAUGGUAAUGAUCUUGAAAAUGGAACUCACAAGGAGAUUUCUGUUUCUGAUCUACUCUGUGCUGCAUGCAAGAAUUUGCUCUUUCAACCUGUCGUUCUCAAUUGUGGCCAUGUAUAUUGUGAAUCUUGUAUAAGCAUCCCAGAAGAUGGAAUUUCUAGGUGUCAGAUUUGUCAAAGCAUGCAUCCAAAUGGAUUUCCAAGUGUGUGCUUAGUUUUAGAGCAUUUCUUGGAGGAGCAGUAUCCUGAAGCUUAUGCACAUAGACAAGCAUCUUCACUAAAACAAGCUGACAGUCGGUUGAAUGUUCGUCAACGUGCCAAACGAUCAUCAUCAACACUUUCUGAUGAGUACUUAUCCUGCAUGUACGGUGGCGGGCCGAAAGUUCACAUUGGAAUUGGUUGUGACUACUGCGGGAUGUCUCCGAUUAUUGGUGAGAGGUACAGAUGUAAAGACUGUGUGGAGAGGAUGAGUUUUGACCUAUGUGGAGCAUGCUACAAGGCCCCUUCCAAGAUUUCUGGUCGGUUUAAUCAGCAACAUAAACCAGAACACAAGCUUGAGAAUGUACAGCCAGAGAUAAUAGACUUCCUUACCUACCAGUCAGAUGAAGAUGGCUCCGAGGUUCUGGAACACCUAGGAAAUAUUCCUCCUGUUCCACAUCCACAAGAACCAGAAAAUGGCUCUAACAAUGUGCAGAAUGAUUCUGCUGCUUUUGUGAUGUCAGUUGAUACUUCACGAGAUCCAGAUGAUGAUUUUAAUGAUUCCUUACCAGAUUUGACUCAAGAAUGAGAAGGUACCGAGUUAAAAUCCUAAAAUCGAAGUAAUAUUCAAAUUCUUUUCAGAUCCAAUUAGUAAUGUGGUUUCAUUGUGCUUUCUAGUACCUUUGUUCAAUUUUCUUUCGUGAGAAAGAUGUUUAUUGAACUUGAGAUAUGAUUUCAAUAAGGAUAUGGCUAGAGAGCUACCGGUAGCAAAUUACUUGGGAUUUUUUAUGGUCGAGAACAGUUUUGUUUCUUUUGUUUGGUGUCAAAUACAGGGAAGAGUUCUAUC